AACGUGUCAGUUUAAAAACGCACGUUAACGUUACGCGUCUCCAUGGAAACGCGUCGUUUGGACAAAAACAGUGCAGGGUCAGUCAGCUUCACCUUCCUGAGAGUGACUUUCUUCAGCUUCAGCCAUCUAAAGACUUCGUAUCUCAAAAGAUGGAGCGACAGGGUGCUCAGAAAUCCUCAGCGAUGUUAAAUAUGCCUAGGAGAAGAAGAAGAAGAAGGAGAGAACACAAUUGGAGCCAUCGGUCGUCCCCCUGCAGCUCUGGGAAAAGUGCUUCGUCUGAGCCGAGGGGCUCAAGGAAUAAAGGCUCCGUGUCCUGCCUUCAAGAUAUCUCCAGAGGAGCCCAGGGCACCCAGACUGAAGAGCUGGCACAGACUUCAAAGAUUCCUGACAGAGUAAAGGCCCCUCUGGCAUCCAGAUGUAAUAAUUGUCAGCGUCGCCGCAAGCGCAGGUCUGAGCGUGUGACGGACAGAGUAUUAAAUGGAUCCACCCAUGGGGAAGCAAGCAAGCAAACACAAAGCCAAGGCAACCUGAAGAGAAAGAUGAAACACCUUUCCACCAAAACAAACGUUGACAGGAUCACAGACGCCAAGCGUCCCUUCGGUGUUUUGGCUCUGCCCUCCCCGAAAGGUGCCACCGCCGCCCCACAUCUUUCCACGUCGAAUACAUCGUCCUGGGAAUCUGAAGAGAAAAAGACAGAUGAUGACCUAUCAGACAUCAGGCUUUACACACAAACACGCAGUAAAAUUAUCUCCUUUCUACGGACAAUGUCUCCAUUAAGCUCAGUCUCCACCCCCCGUAUCCCGUCUCCCGAGUGUCUCAGUUUACAGUUAGGCACAUCACAGUGUCCAGGCGGAGCACCUCUUUAUCGUGAUGGUCGUCUCCAGCAGCAAAUAAGUCAACCUGAGAAAGAAAGAAGCAUGCAAAGACGAGCGUCACCAACAAGCCCGGCCCUUACAUUCAGGCCCAGCUACUGGCAGAUCCGGUCUCCUGUGCCUGUCAAGUCACAGGAGAAGGAGAAGGAGAAUAAGAAGGAGGAGGAGAAGGAUGUUCAGACACCAGGAACCAGCAUCAUUUCCACACUCCAGUCUUCUGAUCAUGCCUGCGCUGCAAGUACCUCUGCACAGAUUCAUAAUCCAAAUGUGGACAAGAAAGUGCUCGUACACAGUCAAGAGCGUGAAGAAGACCCAGGAGGAGCUGCUGCCGCCGAAUACACCCACCAGCAUCUAAAAGACAGCAGCAAAGACAUCGUAUGCAGACCCAAACAAAGGCCAUCAGUUGACUUAUCAAAAGAGGAGAACGUGUGUCGGAUCUGUUACUGCAACGAUAAUUCACCAGAAAACCCGCUGGUGUCGCCCUGCCGGUGUAAGGGAAGCAUGAAGUACAUUCACCUUGAAUGCCUGAAGAGAUGGAUCCUGGUAAAGCUGCAGUCGAGGUGCACUGCGAUCAUUGUUUCGCUACAUAGGGAGGAGAUUCAGAAGAAUGAGGGACUGGAGGAAUCCCCGGCCGCCUGAGCCUUGAUCUUCAGCUGAGCUCCAUUUUGUAACAUCUAAUGUGAAAUAAAAUAAAUGAGUAUUAUAAUAAACCACCAUGAAUCUAA